AUGUAUUUGAUAUUCGCUCUUUUCAUUACAGUUCUGAUAGACGUUGCAUUUUCAGCCAUUCCGACUCCGAAUCAGCAGUUGAGAAACACCACCACAUCACAAACACCAGUAUACAACAUUGGUGUUAUAUUUCCCAAUGCAACAGACGUUAAAAAAGACGACCCGAGUUUGGGCGAUAUGAUUGUCACUAGCGAGCUAGCUAUCCAGCUAGCAAACGAAGCCAUAAAGAAGAGCAACAUCUUGCCCGAUGUUCAGCUUAAUUUCACUCGCUACUACUCUGAUGAAUCUAAUCCUGGUAAAACAGCCUGGGCAGCAGUGAACAUGGUGGAGAAUGGAGUCGAUGCUGUUAUAGGUGAUAUGAUAUCAUCCAUGACUGAAGCAUCAGCAUCUAUUUCUGGCAUUUGGCAAAUACCACAAUGCUCUUGUGCUUCAGCAUCGUAUAGUUUGACCGACAAGAGCGUAUAUCCCUACUUUUUUCGAACAGUGGGAAGUGUUGUACUCUAUGGCGAAUCAUUGGUGGAUUGGGUCGACAGUAUGGGGUGGAGUAUGUUUGCUCUGAUUUACACGAAUGAUGCAGUGGGACAACAAGUUUUGCAUUCCAUGUUGAAUCAAGCAGACAAGCAUAAAAUUACCGCAAUGGCCCAAAUUCCACUGUAUAGCUUGACUGAUGAGCAGAUUGAAGAAUCACUUUCCACGUUGGAAUCUUCAGGGUCUCGUGUAGUUAUUUUGGCAGAUUCAAACACAAACGAUCAGAUAGCUAUCCUUGAUAAAGCCAUGAAGAUGGGAUUGUUAACAAAAGGUUGGGUGUGGAUAUUGACAAACGACGUUUCUCCUGUGCUACAAGAGAUUAUCAGCUCCAGAGAAGAAUUAGCCAUGUAUGACGGACUCAUGUUUAUUAGUGGAUUAUGGGAUUUGAGUGGAGAGCCCAGUUAUGACAGCUUAAACCAAAUCUGGCAGAAUCAACGUGUUCCUAAGGAUUUUAAUCAUCCAGACGAAUGGAAUAAGACAGGACUCAGUUAUAAUGCUCCCCAAGCGUAUGCAUGUACAGAAUUACUUGCUAGAGGACUUGACCAUGCUUUAAAUACUUAUCCCGGCGGUAGAUCAGCAGGUUUAUCUGAUUUAUCUAAAGGAACGUUCAAUUCUUCAAGGAUGACACCUGAAUUCUACAACUUGAAUUAUACUGGACCAGCUGGCUAUAUGGGGUUUUCAGAUACUGGUGAUCUUCAGUCUGGCUACUUUCAGAUCCUCUACAUGUUGAACGGCUCCUCUGUGCCAUAUGCCACUGUUAAACUGAAUAAAUUUGAGUUCAUCCCAGACACAAAGAUCAUAUAUCUUGGUCAUACAACUCAAAAACCGAUGGAUAUGAUACCUAGAUAUGCCCUGAAUCCCACAGUCCAACAGGCUACUGGUAUUGUUAUGGUUGUUAUCUGCGGUUUAGGUCUUUUGUGCUCUAAAAUCAUGAUGGUAUUUAUCUUUUGGUUCCGCCACCUAAAGCCUAUCAUGGUAUCCAGCCCCAUCUUUUGCUAUCUGCAACUAAUUGGUAUAUCACUGACUUAUAUCUCAGUGCUGCUCUAUCUCGAGAAGCCAAAUGUUGCGAAAUGUAUUGCUCGGCAAAUCAUUUUAGUCAUCGGGUUUGCCCUUGUCAUUGGCAGUAUCAUAGCCAAAAACUACAGAAUCUAUCGCAUUUUUCAGAAUGUGUUUACUGUUCGUACAUCUCGGUUAAAGUCAUAUUAUCUAUGUCGUUUGGUUGCUUUAGUUCUCAUCAUAGGGCUUGCUCCUCUCAUUGUUUGGUACGCUGCUUUCCCUAUGCAAGUAUCGGAUGUCAUGAUCUCCUCUUCAACAUACUGCUGGCUGUGUACUUACCCUACCGUUACGAAAGGAAAUUGGGGCCAUAUCAAUAUUGCAGAGUUGAUUGUGCUGAUUUGGUGUGCACUGCUAAUCAUUGUAGCUGCUUUUCUGGCCUUCAAGACACGAAACGUAAAUAGAAAAUGGUCAGAAACGACACAAAUUGCCUAUGUGAGCUACAAUGCUGGGUUAGCUGCGUGUGUUGCGUCUCCCAGCUUCUUUAUCCCUAUAGAAAGCUUUGUAACAUCCAUUUUUCUCAAGAUCUCUAGCGUGUUAUUUGCGGCAACAUUCACGCUGAUUGUCUUGUUCCUGCCCAAGUUUCUGCUGAUCGUUCGACACAUUAUCAAGAGCAACAAAAAGUUCAGUCUGUAUCGAAUGAACACAGAGAGCCAUGCAGAACUCACAAAGCAAUCGCAUUCCGAGUCCUUGGAUGAGAACCUAAACUUGAAUCUAGUAGCAAAGAAUAUGCUUGAUUUUACCGUGAAGGCACACGAGGGCAUGCUGCCGGUCAAGAAAUUAGCAAGAUUUGAAUUCUUUUCCAUUUGGGAACUGAAGCAUAUUGUCUUGGUGCCAAUGAAGCGAUUCUUUAUCCUCUCCACCAAGUCUGGCAUGAAUGCGACAAUGCAUCAUUACAUCGAUUGGGAGAGAUUACCAACGAAAAACGAGAACCAUCAUACCUUUAGUGUUCGCACAGCUACUGGCUUGACCUUUAUGUUUCAGGUCAGCGAUCGUGAGGCGCUGGAUAGAUGGCUCAAAUGGUUUGAAGGAGUAGAUACCUCACCCAACAGAGGACGGCAUGCGCCCAUACCAGUAACCGAACAACAUCCCCAAAGUAGUAGCGACAGUAGGUCUGAUUCUGGGGAAAAAUCAUCGAUCAACCACGACCUGUCCAUGCCAAAGAUGCAAUCAGCAACGUUUGGAGGAGUUAAUGAUUCAUCAAGCAUGAUACCAAACAGCGCUUCUUUCUUCAACUACACUGCCGAUUUCUAUACGCCCAUGUCUUACUCGGAUACCCACCAUCAAUUGCAAAGUGUAGAUAACUCCAACUCUGCGAUAUAUAAUAACCGUUCUUCUUCAGUGUACAGCAGCAAUAUUCCCCAUAAUAACUAUACCACUACUAGUAAUAGGAGUGAUUUACCCAUGGCCAGCAAUUCAUUUGGCGUUGUCAAUCACUCUUCUUCUUGGCAAAGAUAUCCUUAA